AUGAAGAAACAAGGCGCGAGCAAAGCAUUGGAAACAGGAAGGUCCGAGACUAAGGACGCAAAAAAUAUAAAACACGAUAAAGAUAAGUUCAUGUUUAAUAAUGGGGAUAUUUAUGACGGAGAAUAUAAACUUAACUAUGAACAAUUUUUACUGGUGAAGCAAGGUAAAGGGAUAUAUACUACCGAUAACUUGGAUGUAUACGAUGCAGAAUGGGAUAACGAUACGUUCGCUGAUAGUGAAAUUCGCAUUCGGUAUAACGACGAUGCUCAGUAUCGAGGUAAGAUCGAUUCUUAUGGAACAAUAAACGGUCAUGGAACGUACACGUUUCCCGAUGGAUCCACUAUACAAGCUGAUUGGCUUCAAAAUAAACCGUAUACAAAUGUUGUCUAUCGUGAGCCCUUUGGAUAUACGUGGAUAAUUGAGAAUAUGUCAGAAAAUUCGAUAUCUUUUUCUUCGGGAAAUCAUUUCUGGACCGACAUGUUGUCUGAUCAAAGUGCCGCGCAUUCUCUACACCAAAACGAACCCUAUCGACUCAACGAAUCGGAUGACGGUGCUUAACAUUUGGUGUU